CUGACUGUGCAGUGCAAAUGCCGAGCGAACCGAACAUGUGAAAAUUUCUACUGUUUUACACAGUAUUUUACUCGCAUAUAUGAAUAUAAAUUCGGUGAAGAGCGUUUUGAAGUGACUAAUGUGAUGGAAUCAAUAAACCAGUGUCACUGCUGCCUGCAGCAACCCUCGCAGAAAGACUUGAGGACACCGUACACUCUACUCGGCAUUACGGAAAUAUAUUCGGUCAUGAUAGAAGAAUGCUUUUCAAUGAAACUAACAACAUGUGUUGAGGGCGAGAGUGGUAUCUGCGAGGUGUGUCUGGGGCGCCUGCGGGAGGCGUGCCACUUUAAGAUGCAAGUGCUGCGAUGCCAGGCCAAACUGCAGGAGAGGUUCGAGGAAAAAUUGAGUGUCAAAGAGGAAGAAGCCUCAGAAGAACUACCUGAAGAUGGCCCGUGCAGCGAGUCUCCCGAACCUUCUUUGUCUUCAGACGAGGAGCCUCCGGGACCGCUGCCUGAAGAUAACCCGCAAGACCAUUAUCUGUUACAUAUUUCAGUGUCUUCAACCGACGAGUACAGAGUUAGCACGGCGCCUCUGUCCUCGCGCGCCUUGCAGCAGCUCGCGCUGGCGUGCUCCGUGAGGCUCGAGCGCCUCCGCGACUCCCCGCGCGCGAGCCAGCCGUGUCCCGUGACGUCACACCGCGAGCCGAGCCAGCCGUGUCCCGUGACGUCACACCGCGAGCCGAGCCAGCCGUGUCCCGUGACGUCACACCGCGAGCCGUGCCAGCCGUGUCCCGUGACGUCACACCGCGAGCCGAGCCAGCCGUGUCCCGUGACGUCAUACCGCGAGCCGAGACAGCCGUGUCCCGUGACGUCAUACCGCGAGCCGAGCCAGCCGUGUCCCGUGACGUCACACCGCGAGCCGAGCCCCGCCAGCAGUGUGAAGGAUGAACCCGGUGACACCAUCGCCGAGGAACAAGCCUACGCGUCCGAUCUAGAAUCAUCAAUUAAAUCAGAACCAAAUGAUGACGAAGUGGAAGAAGACCAGCUGCUUGCUGUGUCACCCGCAGCUGUUGAGGUCCCAUUGGCGCCCCAUGACUCGGUGCCCGUGCAGGCGAGUCCCGUGACAUCACACCACGAGCCGAGCCAGCCGUGUCCCGUGACGUCACACCACGAGCCGAGCCAGCCGUGUCCCGUGACGUCACACCGCGAGCCGGCUCCAGCGAGUGUGACGUUGCCUGAUGCCUCCCGCCCACAAGCCCACACACACCAACCUAGCUCAAUCGGACAAAUAAAUAACCAGCACACAGACACUAAUGCAAUAUAUUCAUGCAAAAUCUGUCCACAAAAGUUUUCAAACAAAACUCUGUUCAACCGACAUGUACACACUCACAAGGAACUCGAAACAUACAUUUGUGAUAUGUGUAAUAUGAAAUUCAGGUUGAAAUCAGUUUUAAUCAGACAUAUUUUUAAGUUACAUAUGAAGAUAAAUCACGUGUGCAAAGUUUGCAACAAAAUGUUUGCAAGAAUGUGGUAUUUAAAAAAACAUCAAAGACUUCACACUGGUGACAAACCAUACAAAUGUAAGGUAUGUAAUAAGAAAUUUGCACUUGAUAAAUAUUUAAAAUUACAUAAAACUGUUCACACUGGUGAAAAACGAUACAAGUGUGAAAAAUGUAACAAACUAUUCAGGGAUCGUAGUUCGUUGAACGGACACAAAAAAAUUCACACCGGAGACAAAAAAUUUAGCUGUGAUCAAUGCGGCCUUCGUUUUAUACGAAACAGAACUUUAACUGAACACAAAAAAGUUCACACGGGUGAGAAAUUAUAUAAGUGUGAUGAAUGUGACCAAUUAUUUAGAUAUAGGCACUCUUUAAAAACACAUAAAAAAAAUCAUGCUCGAGGUGAUAUUUUCAGCUGCAACGUUUGCGACGAGAAAUUUCCACUAAAACAGCUUUUAGUUAAACAUAAAAAGAAGCACAUCGGAGUAAAAGCGUACCGCUGCGAAGAAUGUAACAAGAGAUUUAAGAUACAAAGUCAUUUAGAUCUCCAUAAAAUAACGCACAAUGGAGACAGACCAUACAUCUGUGAUAGGUGUGGUAAGCGAUUUAAACGAAAACAUAACUUAGAUCAACAUAAAAAAAAUCAUGCAGAAAAAUCUCACAGUUGUAGUAAAUGUAACAAGCAAUUCACACACAAACAUCAGUUAGAUGCACAUGAAAGAACUCACACUAAAGAAAAAGCAUACGUUUGUGAAAAAUGUGGUGCGCGAUUCGCGCAAAAUUAUAUUUUACAGAAACAUAAACAAAUUCAUUGUGAAAAGGUACCCGUGACUGUGAAGAAACUAACUAAAGGAAAAGUUGCAAAAUAAGAUAAACACAAACAACAAAGGAAGAUUAAUACAAAAUAGUGUAUCAAACGUGCUUCAGUGUGCAAACAAAAUCUAAUUUGAAAGUAUAAUAUUUUUCCCUUCACUAGCUCGGAAAGCCGUCUAUUAUCCUUUAAAACAAGCGGGGAAAAACGCAUUUUAUCCACUAGUGGGGAAAGUAAUUUGACCUUGAAUGGAGCGUGUUUAAGUAGCUUGACAGAUAACAAAACGUAAAACGCUCAUGAUAAUGGUUCGUUCGAUAUUAAUUAUCAUUAAAUAAAUGGUUUGAGAAUCUAAUAAAAAAUACCAAAUUUAGCUUUAUUUAAUAAUUUUAAGUCAUAAACCUUAAAAUUCCAUAAGAAACGUUAGAUUUUUUGUAAUGAUGUUAAAUAUAAUUCUGAACGCACAAGUUGUCGAUGCAAUUUCAAAACGCAUCGUUGACAUUUCAUACGUCAGAACAGAAAUGUCAACAUUGUCAACAAAAUUUUUACUGUUCUUCUCACCGACUCACGUAAAAAUCGAAUUUCUAGUGUUUUCUGUUAUAAUAUCGUAAAAAAAUUAGUGAUUCCAGUGAUGAAGAUGAUCUAACGCCUGUGGAUGUUGCACUUUCCUCGCUAUAGUGAGGGGAAAAGUUUUGUGUUACACACGGGUGCAAAUGUAUUUUACUUCUCGUGUGUUGAAACACUCGCGGGUAAAAUACAACUUUGCACCCUUAUAUAACAAAUAACUAUUGUUCUUAAAGAUGAUAUCAUUGUUACUAAAGCACAGUAGGGUCAAUGUGCAGAAAAAUGACAUGCGUCUAAAAGUUUUGGUUAGGAAGACCGUCAUAGGGCAAGAUUUAUCGUAUUUGUACAUUAACUCAAAACAAAAACGGCCGUUUUAACUUUGGACGCAUAGAUUGACGAAUUCAGCAAACGUAAUAACUGUUAUAAUGUAUUAAAAAGGUACUUAAGAACAAAAUACAGUACGUAGCGGCCCCCUUUUUUAAAUAUCUAUCGUUGAUUUUAAAUAAUUACAAUUAUUUAGCAGUGGCGCUAGUGAGCACUUUGAUGGACUCUUAAAUAUCAAAUGGUCAACGCCAUCUAGCCGAGCAUAGGCCAAAGGUAUGGCGCCAUCUAUCCGAGAAUGACUAUUAUUUAUUUCCGAGGCACGUUUUUUCCUUAGGCUUUAUUCAUCUUAUUCGGAGUUACAUAGGUCUUUGGUAGGGUGUACCUUUUUUAUAGAGAUGACGUAUCGAUACAGCUAGGCGACCAUUUGGUUGAGUGGCUGAAAUGGUAAAGAGGACGAUUUGAUAAAGUACUAGACAUUUUAAAGUUAGUUAAUAAUUAUGCUACUCUCCGGCCGUCCUAGUCUGGGACCGGUCUGAAAACCAGCGCCAGGCAUCUCGGCCCGGCACACGCUGAGACUGGAAACCCUUUGCCCAAUUGAUUGUAUUUACUUAUAAAUUAAUAAUUGUUUUUUCUUAUUCUUGUUUUAUGUAAUUUUAUUUUAUUUUCUUUUGUACUUGAUAAUGUGGCAAUAAACAAUUCUUAUUCUUAAAGUGGACAUUCUGACACAGUGGAUACUGUGGGUACAAAGGUUUCUUGUUUGUAUUUGAAUUUAAACAUUGCCAUGUAUAAUGUGUGUUUUUGUAAAGACAAAUCCAAAUCUAUAAAAAAAGUGUGUGAUGUGGGGAAUUUUAAUACUCGUUACCCAGAUAACUUUUAUUUGCCGAAAGUAAAAACGAAAUUAUUUAAAAACAGUUGCUAUCCGAUGGCCAUUAGAUUAUUUAAUGCUCUUCCGAAUAAUCUCAAAAACUUGUCCUUAAGGGAACUGAAAAGAGAACUUUCAUAAUGGUUGCUAGAGCAAUGUUUCUACUCUGUUAACGAAUUCCUGAAGAGAAAUAAAAUUGCCCGUAGCUAUUAUGUUAUUGAAUGUAUUGACUGUAAAUUCGUAAUAAUAGUUUUAGUUAUACUAGAAUAAGUAUACUUAUAUUUGCAUGUCUUUAUUGACAAAGCAUGUGAAACUCAUCUGUUGUAAAUACCUUUGUAACCAUGUUUUAUGCAAAUAAAAUUUCUGAUUUAUGAAUUAUGUGUGACCAAUAAAUUUGAAAAAUGUUAUUUAAAUUCUGUUAUAAAUAUAAAAUUGUGUAUUUUACAA